GUUUUGGCACAUCUGUCGUUCAGUCAUUAUCUUUCCAGUCUUUCCCAAAGGUCUCUCAGUGUAUUGAGCAUCUACUCAGUCACACAGCCAUUCGCUUGCUCUUAGAAACCAACAUCAUCACCCGAAAAAGUAAUUAUAAUUCUACGUCAUCAAUACCCGUCAAUUCUUUCGCCAUGCAUUUAUCGACUGCUCUGGCGGCUGCUGCCGCUAUCAUGCCGAUCGUCAACGCCCAUGGCGACGCUCCGGCCAUGCCAAAGAUAUUCGGUCUGAACAUUCGUGACUUGAAGACUAGAAACAUGUUCAAUAACUUGAAGGCUCGCUCAUCACAUUUUGAGAAGCGGGGAGAAACUCUGAAGUCUCGUCAAAAUACCGGUGGACAAUGUGGUGGUUCUUUUGGUUCCUGUGCUGCGGGAGUGUGUUGCAGUGGUAGUGGCUGGUGCGGAACUGGUCCAGACUAUUGUUAUGCCCCUGGCUGCAACUAUCAAUUUGGGCCUGGAUGUCCCGAUAAUGCUGUUCCUGCUGGAUCUGAUACUGCAAACGUGCCCCGUCCAAAGCUAGGCUCCAUCCCAUACGGAGGUACUGGUGUCUACUCUUGCGCAAAUCCUGGCACUGUUGCCAUCACCUACGACGAUGGACCAUUCAAAGGGUACACCGAGCAUAUUCUUGAAGUUUUCAAGAGGUACAAUGCAAAGGCUACUUUCUUUAUCACCGGCAACAACAUCAACAAAGGACAGAUCGAUCUCACAGAAGAGCACCGCUCUGUCAUCACUCGAGCCCACACUGAGGGCCACCAGAUCGCAUCCCACACUUGGACUCACCAGGACCUUAGUGCUAUCAGCUCUACAGACCGCAAACUUCAGAUGACCAGGAAUGAAAUGGCUCUACGUAACAUUCUCGGAUUCUUCCCAACCUACAUGCGCCCACCGUACUCCAGCUGCACGGCUGCGUCUGGUUGCGAGCAAGAUCUUGCUGACCUUGGGUACCACAUCACCUACUUCGAUGUCGAUACAGAUGACUACAACCAAGAUGCCCCUGGCGAGAUCCAGAACUCCAAGAACUGGUUCCAGGGCAACAUCACCGCCGGGGGCGCCUCCUCAGGAACUCAUGACUGGCUCUCCAUCUCACACGAUAUCCAUGAGCAGACUGCCACUAACCUGACCGAGUUUAUGCUUUCUACCAUCACCACUUUAGGAUACCGUGCGGUCACUGUUGGCGAAUGCCUCAACGACCCGAAGGAGAAUUGGUACCGUACCGAUACUGGAGGUGGUCAGGGCUCGAUUUCUUCUACUACUGUAAGUUAAUCCGCUUUCUUUUCUUUGCCUACCCGUGCACAGCCAACCUCUCCAACACACCGAUUUGCUUUCGUCGAAUGCCAGUUGAAAUGGAG